UUUCAAAAUGGGCGAUACUCCUGAGGAUAAGGCCGAAAGAGAGAGGAUUUUCAAGCGAUUCGAUGCAAAUGGCGACGGUCAAAUCUCUUCUUCGGAAUUGGGUGAUGCACUAAAGACACUUGGCUCUGUUGCCGGAGACGAGGUCAAGCGAAUGAUGUCUGAAAUCGAUACGGAUGGCGAUGGUUUCAUUUCUUUUGAAGAGUUUACAGCUUUUGCUCUUGCGAAUCCAGUCCUCAUCAAGGAUGUCUCCAAGAGUUUUUAAUUUGUUACCUUAAAAAUG